CCUGGCGCCUAUAAACAAGCGGCCGGCCAUUGCGUGCGGACGAAGGCGCUCGACGGAUUUCUUCGCGCCCGACCACUCUUUUCCUGCCGUCGGGAGCCACGCCGAGGGAAGCGCCGAGGGCCAGGGAGCAAGGGCGAGAAGGAGAGCGUGGCGAUUGCGGUGAGCCAGAGUACCUGAGGGAAGAUGUCGGUGCACCCGCCCCCAAAGAGGAAGGAGAUCUACAAGUACUCGGCCCCAUGGACUCUCUACAGUAUGAACUGGUCAGUCCGGCCAGACAAAAGAUUCAGGUUGGCAGUUGGGAGUUUUGUCGAAGAGUACAACAACAAAGUCCAGAUUGUUCAGCUGGAUGAAGAUACGUCAGAGUUUGUGGUUCGGUCCACCUUCGACCACCCUUAUCCAACCACAAAGAUCAUGUGGAUCCCAGAUAGUAAAGGAAUAUAUCCAGACCUGUUAGCCACAAGUGGUGACUACUUGCGUGUGUGGCAGCAAGGCGCAGAUGGGGACACCAGAAUGGCUUGCUUGCUCAACAAUAACAAGAACUCAGAUUUCUGUGCCCCCCUAACCUCCUUCGACUGGAAUGAGGUGGAACCCAACCUGAUAGGCACGUCCUCCAUCGACACCACCUGCACCAUCUGGGGCCUGGAGACUGGACAGAUGCUUGGGCGAGUCAACGUUGUGUCGGGCCACGUGAAGACCCAGCUCAUUGCCCACGAUAAGGAGGUCUUUGACAUCGCCUUCUCUAGGGCUGGUGGCGGCAGGGAUAUGUUUGCCUCCGUGGGUGCAGAUGGAUCAGUCAGAAUGUUUGACCUCCGGCACCUUGAGCACUCGACAAUCAUCUAUGAGGACCCCGCACACACACCCCUGCUCCGUCUGGCCUGGAACAAGCAGGACCCUAACUACCUGGCAACAGUUGCUAUGGAUGCUUGUGAGGUGAUAAUUCUGGAUGUUCGUGUCCCUUGCACCCCAGUGGCACGGCUCAAUAACCACCGGGCAUGUGUUAAUGGUAUCGCCUGGGCACCACAUUCUUCGGUCCACAUCUGUACGGCAGGGGAUAACCACCAGGCACUGAUAUGGGACGUGCAGCAAAUGCCACGCACCAUUGAAGACCCAAUCCUGGCAUAUACGGCAGCGGAGGGGGAGAUCAACCAGAUCCAGUGAGGGGCGACGCAGCCCGACUGGAUUGCUAUCUGCUACAACAAGUGUCUUGAGAUUUUACGAGUGUGAGUGAGUGGAAUGGUGUGACGAGACUGAGCAGGGGCUGUUAGGAGCACUCUUGGAUAGCUAGACCAGCCUGGCGAAGACAACUAUCCAUGGGACACAGAAGGUGUUGAGUUUAGCUGUGAGCCUCACCAACCUGACUGCUGUAAAGACCGUAUUUAUAGAUAGCAUAAUAGAUUUAAACUCACUGAUCCUAGAAAAAAAUUAAACCAACAGUAGUUUGUUAUAUGUUUUUUUUUUUUUUUUCAAACUUGUAUUUCUUAUUAGUUAAUUUAUUUCUUUAUUAUUUUUAAAGAUUAUUAUAUUGUAUUUUUUUUUCAAUUGCUAAUAAAUCUGUGUCUGUGCAGUUACCUUUGUAUUCAUAAACUGAAUAUAUUUGCUGUCAGAUUUAAAAGUUGUACAUAGCUCAUGUAUAUGAGAUUGAAUGAUUAUUUUCUUGUUUAUAUUGAAUUGAAUCAUAGAUGUUAUUUUAUUUUGUUAUUUAAACUUUGUCAUUCUGGACAGUAUUUGUAAGUGACAGUGAAGUUUUAACAUUUUAUUGAUAAGAGAAUCCAGAUACUGUAAAGGUUAUAGUAAAAGACGGUAUUUGCUGGUGAGUGUGUAUGGAAACGAUCUGUGCAAUUGCAGUGUGUCACAAAUGGUGAAUUGAAAAGAUUCAGAUAUUCAUCUCUACUUGUAAAGAAAUAUAUGCUAGGAGGGUGUGCAAGGAGGGUUCAUAAGUGUAUGUUAGAGUGGAGCAGUCUCAGCACUUUGUAGCAUUCAAUCCAAUUUAUGUUCAGGAGCACUUUGUCCUCUUGCCUUAGGUGGCCAAACACGUCAGACGUCUCCCUUUUUGUCUCAUUUUCAGGAGGUGUUCAAAGUUAGCUUUACAAAAAUGGUGAACUGCAGAAUCAACUAAUUUUAAGAUAGAUAUUCUUUACAUUAUUCAUUCAGUGCUUCAGUUUUGGAAUUUGAAUAUAUUGUCAAGAUUGAGCAAUAGGUGUUGUGUUGCAUUUCACACAGUUGAGUAUAAUACAGCUCUCAUGAAAUACUUCAUUUCUAUCAGGGUUUCCAUUUUCAAGGAAUUUAGUAUCCUUGAAAGGGCAGUAAAGGGAGAAUUUACACCCCGUCAAUAUGAACACAGCUCUGGUCCCACAGUAAGAGCAAGUGAAAGAAGCUUGUGCUGAAUAAAUGAUGGAAAAGGAUAGCUUUUGGACAUGGCAAGGAGUCCGUGGAGGGUGUGAUUGUUAUGAGUGUGAGUACAAAUGAUUCAUCUUCUUGAGGAGAUGGGAAAAUUAGGGGUUCAAGUUGGUGUUAUAAUGGCAUUGAAAACACCUGUUGUUUUGAGAGUGGUAAGGUGUGCUUCUGCCUGAACACUUGCCAAGCCAAAUACGAGGAGGAUACAUGUAGAAGAUAAAGCAAGGACUGGUCUGCAUUUGUACUCUGUAUUAAUUUGUGUUUAAAUCUAUCAACCUGUCCCAUAUCUAGCCAGUACUAGGCUAGCUAUUCAUCUACAAAGUGUGAGUGUAUUUUAUGAAAAUUCUAAGUGUCUCUGCCUAACUCCUUUGGUAGCUCGGCAAAAAAUUAGAGAUUCAAGCAUACAUGUUCACAGAUGUACCCUCCAGUCUUUUCUUUUCCCAAGUUGUAUAUUCUUUAUGUACAAAUUUUAUUUUAAUGUAACCUGUGCAUGGAAAGUGUAUUACAUAGAUGUGUUUCUCUAUCGUAUGUGAAGGACCAUUUUUUGGGUUUACUAGCAAUUAUGGUUUUACCAAUUCAUCCACUGUACAAAUCAUGUCAUCAGUUUAUAAAGAGAGAAAAAAAACAUCCUGUUUAUGUUAAUUAAUCUUGUGUAAUUAAUGUGUACCUAGAUUUAAGGAUUGUACAAUACAUUUUUAUAUGAAUUCA